AUGCAACCUCACGGCGCUCCCCCCUCACUCCAACCUGGCCCAUCCUCGUCCACUAUCAACAACACAUCCUUCAACUUCGGCGCUAACAACGGCAGCGGACCACCACGGCGGACCUCGUCGGGCAUGCAGCCGGGAAUUGGCAUGAGUGGAAUGGGUGGAAGCAUGCGAGCGCCGGGGAAGAGCCUCCUUACGUUCAAGCACAUCCUCAACCGGCUCCAGGGCGAGCUCCAAAAGAGCCGUGAGACGGGGACGGAGCUGCAGAGCCUCAAUGGGACCAUGAGCGAGGAAGCAAUGCCGUUGUCGACGAACGGGGCUCCCACUACGCAUCUGGGGCGCUGA